AGACGUUGAUUUUACCACGCUUCACAUAUCGGACCAGCCUGAGCCAGCUGCGCUGCCUUUGCAUCUGACUCUUGGACUUCAUCUCAAGCGCCAGCUGAUGAGUCCUUUGACUUUUGGGUGUGUUCUUGUUCCGUAGUUGCCCCUUGGCCGGGUGGCUGGGUGGAAAUCGUCAUGGAAGCUACAUACCUAAUCCCGGUAAUGUUGGCACCUUUGGCCAUCGUCCUCUCGACCGAGUCAUAGUACUUUCGGCAGCAGGAAUUCGAUGGCCUUCUGGGUUUUUGAUAUUCUGCACGUGUACUCGGCAGGGAACAUUGAUAUUCAUGGACGACACGCUCCGUUGAAGGCCAAGGCCAAGGCCACUGGCAACUGGCUCAUAUUCAUGGUUUUAUUUACCGACCAACGAAAAUUUCACCGUCCAGGCGCUGGCACCUCGCCAGCCCACGAGGCUGGAAUCCCCACCAGCUGGAAUUCGGACAGCUGGAACGAUGGCCCUCCUGGCAGUCUAGUCUGCAAGUGUAACCAUCACAAUCGUCACUUCAUUAAAAUCAUGUCGGCGCACUUUCAAUACUACCUGGGCAACGGAGUACCUGCCCCUUCUGCGUCAGAACCUGGACAUUCUCUCGAUGAGAUGUUCCUGUGUAUGUGGUAUUGUGGACAGGGAUUGCACUGUGACGCCUUGAUUCGCGGCUGUGACCUCUCUACUCACCUGCGUGAGACUCAUGGAAUUCGGAGUUCAACAAAGAGAGUCUUUCGAGGCACGUUGAAGAAGUUCACUUGGGGGUUGUGUACAAGUGCAACUGCGGAGCUACAUUCUCGCGCAAAGAUACUCUCAACAAACACAAGAGAACAUGUUCUGGUCAGCAUUAAAUAGGGAGUGGGAUCCCAUGCUAUUUAUCUUCUAUGCUAUACUUCAGUUAGAGUUUCUGCUGUCUAUGUUAUUUAUGAUCCGAUGUACUUACUAGUUUCCUCUGUUAUUACCCCGGUGGUAAUAUAUUUAGUUUGAGUACGAAACCCCAUUCUGAAUACC